AUGAAAGUUCGCAUGACGAUCGCCCAACUGAUGGAAGCUUAUGGAGGAAUGAAGGCUGCCUUUCUGGUAAACCCCAACAUUGCAACCUCGACACGGAAUUACGUUUCUCCACCAGGCAAGACACCACUUUUGGUUGUCAUGCACGAAGGCAUCUAUCGAGUUGGAGUUUUGAAAUCAAGUAAUCUUUUGCGAAUGGAGCUUUUGCUCUGGAAUUUGUCGCAUUCACAAUUACUCAAAAGAGAACACUGGCAUCAUCCGCACAGCUGGGAUACCGUGACUUUCCCCAGCAAUGUCAAUUUUAUGGAUGGAGGAUACGUCAACCAGGUUUAUUCGAUUGCUGGCUCCAUGAUAGGGGUGGACCAUGAACCACCGACCUGUAGUGACUUUAUAUGUCUUUCCGGUGGUCCAGACUAUUGCCCAGUCCCUGUUUGUCAGAAAUCCAUCGCCAUUUACUGUAAGAUUCCUGGAAAAGCGGAGCACCGGAAGAAACACUUGCGUACUGUUCACAUCAAUGAAAAGCAUUUGGUGACAGUACCUUUGCAUAGAAGAGAAGACAUGGAAAAUAAUGAAUGUCUACCGCAUCUUAAGAAAAUCUGCAAACAGAAGGAUUUUGCCAACGAAAAAGACUUUCAUGGAACCAUCCAACGCGCUGCCAAAGCCAAACCGUACACCAUGUUGGUACCAUCCCUCCAUCUUCCCACAAGAAUAAUUGUGGUAUCCCCUUCAGAUUUUCAUACUUUGGAGAAGCAAGAUGAGCUCAAUAUAUACUGCAGCAAAACGACAGCUGCAAAACCGAUCGUCAUUCGAGAGGAAUACGCGCCCAUGGAGGACGACAAGGACUCUGUGGGUGUCUGCGUUGCUUCCAUCAACUUUGAUGAUGAAAGUCUAGCCCAGUCCACCGAAGAUAUCACCUUUGCAUCUGCAUCGACAUUUCAUGCUGCACUCGGACGGAAAGGACAAACAAGGAGUUGCGCUGAACAUGCUGGUCUAGCUGCCUACCGCAAUGCCAGUAGGGGCACCAGCAAGCCUAAUCCCACACCCGCGGUUGCUGACGAUGACGUCCGUUUUCAAUCAUAUUUCGACAGAUCGUCCCAAACAAAUCUUAUUUCGCUUUUUGAAGUGGAAAAAAGAUUGAAGGAGUUGGACAGGAGAGUCAGGAUAUUUGGAAGGAAACUCCUACCGGCUCUAUUCAGUAUCCCAGAGGAAGAACAAUCUGGUCGUGCGUUAGUCACUUGUGGUGCCCCCUGGCGCAAGGGAACGUGCAGCUUUCUCUCUUUUGUAAAUGGAACACACAUUGAUGUGAACGAUCUGAUUGAUGAAGAAUUAUUUGAGCAGAUAGAGUAUUUUUCGGACUAUCCCCACCAGCUUCGCCGAAUGAAAGAAUCAGUAGGUUUUGGUGCAGCAACUACCUGUCAAUACAAGCAUCUAUGGAAUGAUGGGUAUGAUAGGGAGUCAUACAAAGUAGUUGCAUACUUCAUGCAUCAUGGUGUUGGAGUGGCCCACCCUUUGCUUGACUCUUCUGGAUUUUGCUUUCUUGGAUUCGCUUCAAAGCACUCCACUUCCUUGUGUUACUUGGUUGAACUCAGGACCAACGAAACUAUCUUGCACAAUCGAAAAGACCGCGAUAUAUUCAUGAUGUUUGCCUGGGGCAGUGGUGGCAAAUCACGAGUACGACGUCGCCGCUUCCACGAUCUUGGGGGUGAGGCACCAAGGGUGACGCAAACCCUCAUGGAUGACUGGAUUGCUAAUCAUUUGGAGCCAACCCAUCAGGCUAUGUGGGAUGCAAUGUCUGAGGAGGAACAGAACGCAUAUAGAACCGGCGAACAUACGGACGAGAACAAUGGAGAGGAGCUCCAAUUUCUUCCGCAGCACGUCUCGCAGCAACAAAACCAAGAAGCGAUUCCAACUAAUUCCAAGGAUCCAGCAGUAGUUGGUAUCUAA